UGGAUUUAGCGUCCAUUUUUGCUUUCGUCGAGGUUCUGCAAGCAUAGCCAUAUUUGAUAAUAGAUUCCUUCAAAAGAAAUUAUAAAGAAUUAUCGUAAAUCUUUGAAGUGUUUUAAUUUGGUUAGUCAAGUCGAUAGAACUGUUAUAUUUGACAUGUGUGUAAAACGAUUCGUAUAUGAUCAACGCCAUGAGUUAGCAUCGAUAAAAUAGAUAAUUGUUACAUGUACGUCGAUACAACUGAUAUCUAUUAAACAUAGAUCGAUAAAAUAUCUAAUUGUAUAACUAAGAUAUUUCUAAGUGGAUACAAAAGUAAUCUGUAGUACCAACUGAUUUAAAAGUAGUCGUUCUGUCAUCCAUGUUUAAUUUUUAUAGCAAAGUGUUAUGUUUACAAUUUUUAAGUAUGAUGGAAGUUUGAACUUUUUGUAUCGUAUUUCUGUAUAUAUACUGUAAUUAUUUUAUAAUCAUAUCUAUUUAAAUAUGCCAUCUCGAGGUGAAGACAUACUCAAAGGCUUUCAAGUUAAUUGGAUGAAUUUGAGAGAUGCUGAUAGCGGAAAAAUUUUAUGGCAAGGCAAUGAAGAUUUAUCUAUACCUGACGUUGAACAUGAAGCACGAGUACCAAAAAAGAUUCUGAAAUGUCGUGCAGUGUCUAGAGAAAUUAAUUUCAGUUCUGCAGAACCAAUGGAAAGGUUUAGAUUGGAACAAAAAGUACUCUUUAAGGGUCGUUGCUUGGAGGAAUGGUUUUUUGAAUUUGGAUUUGUUAUUCCAAAUAGUACAAAUACGUGGCAGAGCUUGAUUCAAGCAGCUCCGGAAAGUCAAAUGAUGCCAGCUAAUGUAUUGAAUGGCAACGUGGUAAUAGAAACAAAGUUUUUUGACGACGACUUACUAGUGUCAACUAGUCGCGUUCGGCUGUUUUAUGUGUAAGAUGCUUGAUAUUUGGUCCAUAUUGGGAUCUGGGACCAAUAAUUAUAUUAAAAAUUUCUAUCACAUUUGUGUAAUGUGACACGAGGUUCUUAUUAUCUACAAUUCUAUCUUUAGAAUCUAUCAUGCACUUUUAGUGAUGGAUAUGUAUUAUCUAAAAUUUAUUCACUAUUUUAUAACUCUGCAAUACUAUGUGCACAAUUUUAUUUUUUAUAUGCAUCAAGACGUACUUUCUUUAAAAUAAGCUUUACUAUAUAAAAUAAUUAUUAUAAUUAAAAUAGUUCAUAAUAUUCUAUAUUCAUAAUUCUAGUAUAUACUUAAGGCACCCACAUAUAGAAAUUUUACUCUUUAAGUAUAAUUAUACUACAAACUUUGUAUAUAUUGGAAUACACUACAGCAAGAAAAAUAAAUGUCGUAACAAAAA